CCGGUUGACUUCAGCUUCUGCACAAGGUUUUUUGGGUUUAGCAGUAUUCUUGCGUGGUGCUUCUGUUAUCCUGCGUCAUCCGUAAUUUUUCACAGCUGCAUUUGCACUUUGCAGUUCUAUAUCUCCCGGGGAUAUAUUUUGUUUGUCGUAUGUCCAUCCAGAAUCUUAACACAUUCGACCCCUUUGCAGAUGCAAUCAAGGGUUCAGAUGAUGAUGUCCAAGACGGUCUCGUGCAUAUAAGGAUCCAGCAACGGAAUGGUCGUAAGACCUUAACAACAGUACAAGGACUUUCAUCUGAAUAUGACUUGAAGAAAAUAGUGAGAGCAUGUAAAAAGGAGUUCGCCUGCAAUGGGACAGUAAUCGAACACCCGGAGUACGGAGAGGUGUUGCAGCUGCAGGGGGACCAGCGAGAAAAUAUAUGCCAGUGGCUAACAAAGUCAGGUCUGGCCAAACCUGACCAACUUAAAGUCCAUGGUUUUUAACCAACAAACAUCCAUGCCACUAUCUAAGAACACUCCACCUUCAUCAACACCUUAUCAUCUUAAAUUAUCUGUAUCAGUCACUAAUACUUGUUGAUACAUCGUGAGAUAUCCUAUUAUAUACACAUAUAUAUUUCAAUAAAAAAUAUAUAACAGUAACGAUAUAGGCACAAUAUUCUAAUCAGACAUUUGUAAGAUUGUAGGAAGCAAUAUUUUACAGCCUUAUGUUAGGUGUAAUCCACUAAACUCAUCACGUUUUAAAGUAGUAGUGAUAACUAAUUAGUGAUUUGAGAAAAUACUUAUACAAGGAAUAGAUACAAAUAGCAACGGAUGGAUCUUCUUUUUGGGAUUAGGUAGUAUGUAUCUCGGCGCUAUAGACGUGUUCAGAGAAGAAAGGAGAGGGAGAAAGAUAUAUAUAUAAAAAAAUUAUUUUAGACCCUAGAUUGGCUUAUUGUGUGUAACGCUGAAUGCUUUGUUUUGUUUAUACAGUAAGGUAACAGGCCUGGUUUUUACAUUGUCGUUUCCAAGUUUUGUGCCUUUAAUUCCAUAUUGAUUGUAUUAUUUAUUGAAAGGAUCAUCUUUAAUUGUAAUGGAUUUAUUUUGAGGGAGAAUUGCCAAUUUUUUUCUUUUUUUGAAACAGUAUUGACAACAUGAAAGCAAUUGUUUUAGAUAAGAAUGUGGCUGUUCUAAAUAAAUGGUAAUUCACCGCUA